UGAUUUCUGCUCGGACGCCAUUGAGACGAUUGAAGUAUUACGCUAUUGUGUUGUGUUGUACCGAGUACGUAACUUUUUGUUAAUUGUAGUUUUGAGAGUUUCAAAUUUCUUAAAACCAUUCUUGUUUAGGAUAUAUUGUGAUAUUCGGGUUUCUGUUCUUUUGUGACCAUGUCUUCUAUGGAUAUUGAUCUGUAACUGUGCCUAAUUCGUGAAGUGUUUAUACUAUACGUUAUUGUGGGACAGCAAGUGAAGUGACGCGAUCUCCUUGUAUUAGGGCAAAACAAGCUAAAAAUACUUUGCUACCGUUCAGCAAUUUGGAAAUCUAUUUUUUCUUCUUAUUUGUGAUGUUCCCGCAUUCCAUCAGCGCGGAAGAAGAACAGAAGACGAAACUGAUUCCGAGUGUAAAUUUGCUACACUCAAAGAGAAAAGGAAUAUUCAUACACCCCUCGGCUAUGUACAGAAAUAGUGUUCCGUGCUACACUAUUAUACGUGCACCGCUUUUUACAAGUAAUUUGAGUGGGUAAACAAAGAACAACAAAGAUAGAGAAAAUGAAACUUCUAGAGAGUGGCCGCUUAGAGGCAUUGAGCAGAGCUCUCUCGAUCUUGAACGGCGACAGUGCCGUCCAGGGCCGUGUGGAAAGCUACAGCUGCAAGAUGGCCGGGGCUGAGAAAUCUUUUUACAAGCGAUUCACAGCUAUCGGAGAAACAACUCUUGAGGCAUUAUCACCACCAGAGAGUGUUAUGUACAGCCGAAGUUUGUCUGGUGAUGAGGAAGGGGUGCUUUGUGACACUAUAUCUCGUAAAACCCUGUUUUACUUGAUUGCUACAUUGAAUGCUGCUUUUCCAGAUUAUGAUUUUUCAAUGGCAAAGAGCAGUGAAUUCAGUGCGGAGCCAUCACUUAGCUGGGUGCAAGGCGCAGUGGACGCAUCUCUGUCAGCGGUGGGCGGGGCGCGCUGGCGCCAACUCCGGCCGUCUUUGUGGACUGCAGUUGAUGAAGAGGUGGUGUUACCCGAGUGCCGCAUAUACAGCUACAACCCGGACCUUGCUAGCGACCCUUUUGGCGAGCCAGGCUGCCUGUGGGCCUUUAACUACUUCUUCUAUAACAGAAGGUUAAAACGGAUCGUGUUCUUCACUUGUAGAGCAAUGAGUCCAGUAUGUGCUGUUGAUUCAGGCGUCGACUUUGCCAUGGACGAGGAUGAUGAAUACAACUAAUAACAAAAAGAUACUUCCAUCAUUAUCUUAAGAUGCAUUAUUGUAAUGCACACAAAAUUGUUAAGAAUGGAUGAAACUAUAUGAAUUUGUAUAGUUUUCCAAAAAUAUUGAUGUUCAAGCAACCAAUGUUAAGUAUGUAUUUAAUUUUAGCUUGCAUAAAUGGUACAGAAUAUAAGUGUCUGCAUAUUACUUGUCACAAAAACUUUAAUUAGCCAUGAACAGAAGCAUGAUCAGUUUUCUUCUAGGCAAUUAUGCAUUUCUUUUAAAGUAGCUGCAUUUUAUACAACUUUUCAUGUAAUUAAAGAUAGGGUUGGAUAUUCGCGCAAAGAAAAUUUCAGUUAUGUAUCAGUUUCAAAUUGGAAGUCACAUCAAUAGAUUUUUUUUUGUAACAGCUGUUAGGUCAGCUAAAUGGUAAAUUGCUUUUAUGUUCGCUUUUCAAAGUGAAUUGUAUGCCAAAACAAAAAAAUCGUUUUUCAAUCCAAAAUAUUGUGUUCAUGCGUUACGUUUAAGUACUCUGAUUUACAAAUUACUGUAUAAGGUAACUUGACUUUGAAUAGACUAGUAAAUUUGCUUAUCUGCUUACACUGAUCUGAAGAUGUGAGGGAAAGGUAGUUUCAGAAGAAAUGUCAAUCUUUUUGGAUUAAAGUGGUAUGGAGUGAGCAGAUAAUGUAAUACAUAUUGUGUAAAUUAUAAUAAUAAGGUUAUAUACCUGGUUUCGAUAUGUGUCGAGGAUGGAUAGUUUUUAUUAGGAGGUAGAGCUCACUGUAAUUAUUAUUAUUUAAUAUAAUUUCGUUUGUCAUUAUUACAAUUUAUUAUAAACUAACUCACGAAUACCUUAAUAUUUUUUUGUCACUGUUAUCUAAGAAAAUAGUCUUAAGUAACCCUAGCCUAGCCCAGCCCUGGCUCUGCAUUGUUAUAUUUAAAAUUAUUGUAAACCUAGUUUCAUUAACAGUAACAACUAUGUACUAAAAACGAAUGGUAUAAAAUGUUUAGUAGUUUUUGGGUUAUUUGCAAUGGAAGGCUUUUGUUUUAUAAUAUAUUUUUUAAAUAGUAAAGAACAAUCGCCUUUUCGGUUAAUAAAUGCAAUAAACGAAAAUAAACUUUGAGAUGCUGCAUUUGUCUAGCCUGGAAGCUUAUUUAAACGAAAAAAGUUAAUAAAAAAGCCACUACACCACUCCUUAUAUGUUUUGUUGGUCCUAAGUGGCGGAAUACAGUAUGCAUAGAUUGAGAUCACAAAAUUCUACCGUGAUAGUCCUAAAAAUGGCAGGUUAGGAGGUACACGUUAUUUUUAAGCAAGGUCUAGCAGAAGCUGACCUUAAUUAAGUUGUCAAAUUCCACUUACUGGAGUCUAACUAAGCCCAUAAAUAAACUAUAAUUAUGUAUGAUAA